AUGUUUCUCAAGGCUCUGGACCUGACCACCGCUCUCCGUCCAUCACUCUUAACCGAUGAGACUCUAAUCUUUGUCCAGGACGCAGUGGGGUUGUAUGAAGGCAAAUACAAGGUCCCAAACUACCAAAAUGGACAUGCCUAUCUUACUUCCCACCGAAUCUGCUACGUCGCCGUGGACGAGCCCCGGAAAUACUCUGUCGGAAUCGACCUGAAGGAGAUCGAUAAACCAGACUACCAAGCCGGCUUCCUAAAGUCGUCUGCGAAAAUCGUUCUACACCCGAAGCCGGCGAAGAACAAGCUUGAUACCUCCAAAAGCGUGGGCAGUAGCCCGUCAAUACCACAAGCUUCGAAUCUUCAACCUGCCAAGACACUUACUUCGCAACUGCGUGCCUCGCAUCCAAAGUCACCGUCACCGAAGCCCGUGAAUGCUACCUGGAUUUGCCCAAUAUGCUCCUUCUCAAACCCUGUGCCAUCCAACUUUGAUCCAGCUACAGCCACGGCGUCGACUAACCUUCCCCCUUGCUUGGCAUGUGGCAUCAAACCCCCUUUCACAACGGUGAUGAAGGCUGCGAUUUCAGCGGCAGCUAAUCGGGAACCUGCAACCCCUCAACCAAGGACCGAGAGCCCUUUCCCAACUGAUGGCAGACAGCCACAAUUGCCUUCGGAGACGGGUACCUCCGUUUCUUGCCCUCGAUGUACUUUCGUGAACCAUCCGUCCCUUGCAGAAUGUGAAAUCUGUGGUGCCCCGUUGGCCUCCGUGAAUGCCUUGCAAGUGCUCAACGGUGAUCAGCGCCGUUCUGAAUCUCCUGCUCCGUUUUUCGAACAAGAUAGUAUCAAAAAUACAGAUACUGCAGAGAGCGUCAAACUUUCAUUUCGCGGAGGUGGCGAGAAGUCUUUUUACGAACGAUUAAAGAGUGCGCUGAUCCAAAGGAAAUGGCUUCUUUACGACGCUCCACCCGUGCCUAUGCCGUCGCAGGCUGCCUCAUCCCCGAGUCCUGGAGCAAUAGCGCCAGCUGCGGACACGGGAUCCCCGGUGCCUGCUCGAUCGAUGGCUGGGAUUGCAGGCCUUGAGCGACGUGGUCUUGAGGCCCGCAAGAACAACGAGUUUGUCAUUGGUAAUGCAUUUGAGGACCUUGAGGCCUUGAUGGCAUCCGCAAAACAGAUUGUUUCUCUUGCAGAAACACUGGGUAGAGAAACAGGCUUGUCUGGUGGCGAGGGAACCGUGGAAGCCAAUGCAGUCCUUUCGGAAUCCGCUGCUGCCCUAGGGAUGUCAACGACAAAAGACAUGCUUGGGUCGGGGGCGGAGAAUCUGUAUUUGUCGGAGCUGUCGCGAAACCUGGCAGAGUAUCUUACAGACGAUCGGAAAGGCGUUUUACAUAAAGAGGGUGGCACUAUGAGCCUUAUCGACCUCUGGGCCAUCUUCAACCGGUCCCGGAACGGUGUCGAACUUGUCAGCCCGGCCGACUUCCAGCGAGCAGCAGAACUAUGGGAGAAACUCAAACUACCUGUUCGUCUACGUCGUUUCAAAACCGGUCUUCUCGUAGUUCAGCGAUAUGACUGGAAUGACGAAAAGACUCUUAAGAUACUGCAAGACUGGAUGGAAGAGCUCCGGCGGAUACCACCGACUGAGCCGGUGGCGUGGGAUUGGGGUCUGUUUGGCCGCGCCGUGACGGCGCAGGAAGCCGCGCAACGCUUCAAAUGGAGCGUCGGAGUCGCAGCCGAAGAACUGGAAAUGGCUGAAGAUAAGGGGCUUCUAUGCAGAGAGGAGGGUAUCGAAGGUCUGCGGUUCUGGAGGAACUACAUCACCUCUUGA